UCGUGGUGACGCGCCGGACAUGCUGCUGCAACUGAAGGUGGAGCUACGCUCUGUUCCACUACGAUCAUUAAACCAUGUUUUUUCCAGUGUGCGCCAACCCGAUGUUAAGGAAAACAAAUCCCACGGUGUGGAGAGCAUGGAGGUUAUGGAAGUUUAGCCUGCACUCUUCAACAGCUUGUGCAUCUUCUGGUCCUGGUCCCCUUGACAGAUCUGAAGAACCGUCUUCUGUUUUAACCCCAAAUUCUCCUCAUACACCUGUUAUGCUUAAAGAGGUGCUUCAUUAUUUAGACGUCCAGCCAGGUCAGGUGGUCCUGGACAUGACAUUUGGAGGGGGUGGUCAUACCAAAGCAAUACUGAAUAUGCUUCAUGAAGUCACAGUCCUGGCCUUAGACCGAGAUCCUACCGCCUUGUGUCUGGCCCAGCAGUUAGCCAAGGAAACCUCUGGUCGUGUGAAACCGUUGCUCGGCCGAUUCAGCGAGCUUGAAGCCCUGCUGUCCGACAAUAACAUUAAGCCACGCAGCAUCGACGCUGUCCUGUUGGACGCCGGCUGCUCCUCCAUGCAGAUGGACCAGGCGCAGAGAGGCUUCUCCCUCAGUAAGGACGGGCCCCUGGACAUGAGGAUGGAUGGAGAGAGGUACCCCGACAUGCCCUGCGCUGCUGACGUCGUGAAUACCUUAGAUCAACAGGCUCUUGCAUCCAUCCUCACUGCAUACGGGGAAGAAAGACACGCCAGGAAAAUAGCGGCAGCCAUUGUGAAGGCACGCCGCGUCAACCCCAUCACCCAGACACAGCAGCUGGCCAGCGUGGUGGCAGGAUCAUUUCCUGCAGCUGUUCUCUAUGCACGUAAAGACCGACUCCAAAGACCUGCACACGUGGCCACUAAGACUUUCCAAGCGCUGCGUAUCUUUGUGAACGACGAGCUAAACGAACUCCAUGCAGGGCUGCGUGCUGCCCGGGCGGGACUGACACCUGGAGGACGUCUCUGCGUGAUCACCUUUCAUUCGCUAGAAGACAGACUGGUAAAACGAUUCCUCCAGGGAGAUGACUUGUCCAAUCUAGAUCAGUAUCACUUCAGCCCGAGAAAGCGAGGCGCUGGGAAGGAAAAACUGGUGGAGGAAAAAAGAGAUGGUGGAAUGGUUGAUUGGCUUCCUCUGCGAAGAAAAGUGAUCACCCCAGAAAGGGACGAUGUCAAAGAGAAUCCUCGAGGACGCUCCGCUAAACUGAGGGCAGUACUCAGAUGUUAAUGAUCUUAUGACAAUUAUGAGAGAACCGACAUUUUCUUUUUUUCCAUCAAAUCUUUUUUGAACUUUUUUCGAGAGUAAGUUUUUACAAUUGAUACUCAAAGCUAGUUCAGUGAAAGGCCGAUAUGAAUUUACACAGUUUCAACCUUCGCAUGUCUGUAUGUAUAUAUAUUUGUGUGUGUAUAUAUAUGUGUGUGUGUAUAUAUAUAUAUGUAUAUACAGGACUGUCUCAGAAAAUUAGAAUAUUGUGAUGAA